UGUGUAUUUUGCUAUGUAUCAUAUAUGUAUCAACAUGUGACUUCAUGUUGUGUCCAUCUCAUCUCGUCCUCCACAGACAAGCCCCUGAAACCCAAGAAAACCUUCCGCGACAGGGUGGAGAAGUUUUUCGGCAAGGGAAGGUUUGGAAAGGUCGUGGAGUGUGUGGACACUAAAACUGACGAAAACGUGGCCAUCAAGAUGACCACAGAUUAUUUCCAGGAGAAUGCGCGGAAAGAGGCUGCAGAUGCAGAUCGAAGCCACAUCAUUGUCCACGAUGAGCCCACAUGUCCCAGCUUUGAGGUUGUGGACGUGACUCUGGAUGAAUACUUGAAGGAUGUCAAGUUUAUGACCAUCUCUGAGAUCCGGCCUGUUCUGCAGCAGCUGGCGACUGCACUGCUCUGCCUGGAAGACCUGGAUAUUGUCCACAGCGAUAUCAAACCGGAGAACAUCAUGGUGCUGGAUAAGUGGCAGAAACCGCUACAAGUGAAGUUGAUUGAAUUUGGACUUGCUCGCCAAGGCCCCGACAUACAUCCAGGCUCAGGGGGACAGAGUCUGUUAUACAGGGCUCCAGAGGUCAUGUUGGGUCUCCGUCACAGGCAGCCUAUUGACAUGUGGUCUGUAGGAUUGACUGUGGCAGAGAUGGCUCUGGGCCGCCCCCUGUUACCUGGGAAACACGAGUACGACAUCAUGAAAAAGAUUGUGAAAACGUUGGGUGAACCGCCCACGGACCAACUGGACGCUGGACCACGCAGCAUGCAGUAUUUCAAUAUCUGUGGGACAUGGAGACUGAAGGUAUGCAUCCAUCGAUCAUUCUAUCCUUCCAUCCAUCCAUCCAUCCAUGAUUUACCCUAAACUCUGUCUUUUUGUAGACUUCAUUAGA